AUGUCUGAGUUUGCUCCUAAAAUACCGACCCAACCAAUCACCACAACCACAACCACCAGCAACCAAACUCCCACAUUCACCCUAACAAGUCAAACUCCAAGUAAACCCCUCUCGAUUCCAAUCCCAAUCCCAAUACCUCCAGAACCAUUCCUAAUAGACCUUUUCUGCAAUUGGAUCGAAGACCCAUCCGCAAUUCUAAUUCGAGAAUGGGGCGUGGAUGGAACGGUGAGUGGAGAGUGGAGUAUUGCCCAGUUUCUGCGGGAUGUACUUGAUGUUAGUCGGCAGAUUGUUUUGGAAUUGAGUGUUGAAGAGCGAAUGAGGUUGAGAAGUGUGGAUGGGGGUAAUGGAGGGAAUAUCUUUGUUGCGGUUGUGGUCUUGGCGGUUUAUACGGUUGGGGGUGUCGUUGUGCCGUUGUCACCCCGAGUCCACCCCGACGAAGCAAAAUACUUCCUCGAAACAUGCAACGCGUCCCUCAUCUGCGCAGUUCCAGGCACCAUAUCCCUCGUCCAGAGUAUAUCCCAAAACCUCAACAUCCCCAUGUUCGCCUACACCCCAGAAACCAAAAAGAUAAACAGCCCCAACCCUAGCAUGAAUAUCCGCUUCUACAUCGCCGACUCUCCACCCCCUCAACCCCCGACAAAAGGCUUCGUCCUCCUAUACACAUCCGGCACAACCGGUCCCCCAAAAGGCGUCUUCCACGACCGCAGCACCACAACAGGCGGCCUUCUAACCCGUUUCCCAAAACCAUCGCAGCUAUCCAGCGGAAAUGUCUAUUUACAUCAUAUGCCCGUUCACUGA